AUGAAACAAAAGAAAUAUAUAAUUAUAAAUAUAUCAUUAAUAACGUUGUACAAUAUUUUUAUGAUUUUCAUCGUUAUUUUGCCCGUAUAUGAAAAAUAUGGAAAUUUUAGAAUAACAGGGAAUCCUAUGGAUAUCAUUAUAAUUAUUUCAUCAACCGGUCAAAUUCGAACUGUGUUCCCUUUAAUUAUUUACAUCAACACUUUAUUGAAUUAUUCAUUAAUUGGAAUAUUAACAAAGUUCAUAACGGGUAUGGUUUGUCAGCCUAAAAUUAUUAUUAUAUUUAUGGUUGCCAAAAUGGCCCGACUCGAACCUAAAGAUCGAGUCGGGCCUAAGAUAUUUAGCCCGAAAGACUCGUACGGCCCGAAAAAAAUGUCUCGGAAAAAAUAUGUUAAGUACUGUACUUCCAAAAUAAGUACGAAUCCGAACCCUGAUUUAGUCUAUUUAUAAUAUUUAUUAGAUUUGCAUCAUGAAACAAUUAAAAAGCUUUAUCGAUCUCUAUAUCUUAUUGUUUUUGUGAAUAUCUGUUCUUGCCUUAUUUUCCAACUCGUAGCAGUUCUACUACUCGGAUUUUCAAUAGAAAACGGCAUAAAUGAAGAAAUUUGGUUUAUAUUAACAUAUUCUAGUAUUAUAUAUAUUUUUGGCUCGGCUUCAAAUGCGCCAGUACUUUUUAUUAAUAGGUAAAUCUUAUGAUUAGGGUUAGGAUUUU